UUUUCAACGAUGGAACGAAACUAUCAGUCUAGUACUUAUACCAACAGCAAAAACAUGUCAGAGAUAGAACGAGCAAGAUCAAAGGAGCAUGUUCCUUGGUGUGAAGAAUACGAGAUGAUGAUCUCGGGCAUGAUGUAUCGCUCGUGGCUAUCAGCAGAACUUGCGGCCGGCCGGUCAAGAUCCGAAAGGAUAUGCAACGAGUACAAUGAUUUGUUGCAAUCAAACAAUCCCAAAAGCGGCGACAGUGGAAACCUCAGCAAGAAACGAAGCGAACUUCUCAUGUCUUUGCUUGGUGUUAAAGCAGAGUCUGCGACGAUUGAAAGGCCAUUUUCCGUUCUUUAUGGAUGCAACACCGACAUAGGAAACAAUCUUUUCGCCAACGUUGGAUUGAGCAUCGACGACAGCGCUUUUGUCACAAUUGGUAACGAUGUACUGAUAGGACCUGAAGUCUGCUUCAUCACAACUAAUCAUCCGACUGAAGUCUCUGAACGGGUGGGAGGGGGUAUGUAUGCAUUGCCCAUUGAAGUCGGAGACGCGUGUUGGAUUGGGGCACGCGCUACCAUUCUGCCUGGAGCAGUCAUUGGAAAGGGUUGUACUAUCGGAGCAGGUGCCGUAGUUGCUGGAACUAUACCAGAGUAUAGUGUUGCUGUAGGGGUACCUGCAAAAGUGACUCGGAAGGUAAUACGCGCAGACUCAAAUGAAGAUCCCGAGAUUAGCAAGUAGAUCUAAGCAGUUUUUGCUGCAAGCACUUUCCCUUUAUAUCGAUUUUCCUAUGUUAAGCAUAGUGUGAAGCAAAGGACGAACAGAUCUCACGGUUGGCUUCUAAGCUAGAGAUAACUUAAUAUAGUUAGUGCGUAGUUACGUCCUAUAGUAUGUCUAACUCCAUACCUCUAUCUCACAAUCACCUCAAAGGUACCUUACGAAGAAAUACAAAUCUCUAUCGUUGACUGCUCGUCUGCCAACAACAAGGCCACUAAACCCGUGAGCAGACAACCCAAGUACAGCUCACAGCCCACAAAAAGUAGUAUAGACAGCUCUUCCAAGCAUCUCCUCAAACCCUCCAAACCCCAACAAAAACCAUUCGAUUCCCCAUCAGACACCUGCC